AGGAUUACUCGUAUCAAUUUGCACAUUUCGUAAAGUCAGUCGCAGAGGCCUGGCGAUCUGCGCGAUGAAGAAGUCGAAUUUUGUCUUUGUUUGGUGCUUCGUGAUAUUUGUUUCUGUCUCACCGCAAGAAGCAGUCAUUAUAGAACCCGACGAUAUACCAGAAACUUCAUCAAAGAUAUCCAGGCAAAGUCUACUCUCCCUAGAAAAGUUCCACCAUCUCAAUGUACCUAACAUUGAAGAAAUUAUGGUAUACGACGACUUUGAAUGCACAUUUAAAUGCCUUCACCAUCCUCUGUGUGUCUCCGUGAACCUGGCCGCUGAAGGGCAACUGUGGUGUGAGUUACUGUCAACUGAUAAGUACAGGAGUCCCAACGAAUACAAAGAAAACAAGAAUUCGCAUCACUAUUACUUUGAG